AUGGAGAGGAAAGACGUCAUGUCCAAGAACGUUUCUAUUUACAAGUCUCAAGCUGCUGCUUUGGAGAAGCACGCCGCACCUAACUGCAAGGUUUUGGUUGUUGCAAACCCUGCAAACACCAACGCGUUGAUCCUUAAGGAAUUUGCACCUUCCAUCCCGGAGAAGAACAUCACUUGCUUGACAAGGCUUGACUACAACAGGGCGUUGGGACAGGUCUCUGAGAGGUUGAGCCUGCCAGUGUCUGAUGUCAAGAACGUGAUUAUCUGGGGGAACCACUCAUCGAGCCAGUACCCUGAUGUCAACCACGCUAGUGUUAAGACUUCUUCUGGGGAGAAGACUGUGCGUGAGCUUGUCAAGGACGACGAGUGGUUGAAUGGAGAGUUCAUCAGUACCGUUCAACAACGUGGAGCUGCUAUUAUCAAGGCCAGGAAGGUGUCUAGUGCACUCUCUGCAGCUAGCUCUGCUUGUGACCAUAUCCGUGAUUGGGUCCUUGGAACUCCCGAGGGUACAUUUGUUUCAAUGGGAGUAUACUCAGACGGAUCAUACAACGUUCCAUCUGGACUUAUCUACUCUUUCCCUGUAACCUGCCGUAACGGAGAGUGGUCUAUUGUCCAAGGUUUACCAAUCGAUGAAGUAUCAAGGAAGAAGAUGGAUUUAACAGCAGAGGAAUUGAAGGAAGAGAAGGACCUUGCUUACUCAUGCCUCUCUUAG